AUGCUGAUUAUUACAAUUAUUUUUCUAAAAUUACUUAUUCUGGUUACUCACCAACAACAAUACAAAGUUCGAUUUCAAUUAACUCCAUUCGGCAUAGAAUUUCAAUAUGGCAAUAUUAAUGAUCUUUAUUCGAAUCGAUUAAAUGUUCCUUCAAUUACUCGAUGUGCAAUGAUCUGUUCAAUGGAGAAAAUAUGUCAAACAUUCGAUUAUGAUGCAUCAUCUCAUGUAUGUCGCUUAUUUUCUAUCUGGGCUGAUCAAGGUACAUUUGUUCCAUCAACAUCAUCAACUUCACGAGUCGGUUAUGUGCAACAAACCACCGAACUCUACUCGUUAUAUCAAAAAUCAUGUAAUAUUUCACAUGAUAUUAACCGAUAUUUAUCUUGUACAGAUGAUGGUCUUUGGACAUGCCAAACUGGACAGGUUUAUAAUGGAACAGUUUGUCAAUAUGAGGAUAGUUAUAGUUAUACCACAGUAAGCUAUGAACAAGAGUGUCGUCAGAAUCAAACAAUGCAAUGGAAUGGUACACAUUGUUUACCGGCUAUCACAAACUCAUUCCGUUGGAACGCCAGUGGCAUAACUGUAGCUGGUACAACUGCCGUUUCGGAUUGCAGUCCACAGAGACUCAAUCAGCCGUCUGGUGUAAUUGUUGAUUCUGACGGUACAAUCUACGUGAGUGAUCAAUAUAAUCAUAGAAUCCAGAAGUGGAUUCGUGGUGCAACCAAUGGUAUAACAGUGGCUGGCCAAGCCAACUGUACUGCUGGUUCUGGAGCUGCCUUUUUGCUAGUGCCUCAAGGUGCAGUCGUCGAUUCUAACGCAAAUCUUUAUGUGGCAGACAUUUGGAAUCAUAGAGUUCAAUUGUGGCCAAAUGGUGCUUAUUUUGGUAUAACGAUCGCCGGAACAGGUUAG